UGCACUCAACAUCUAUUGAAAACUCAGUUUUCAAGUUAACCCUCUCCCUCUCUCUCUCUACCUUCAACACUCAAAAAGGAUUCUCUCCAUCUCUCUCUACCCUUAACACUCAAAAGGAUUCUCUCUCUCUGUCCUCCAGUUCCCCAGACUCCCAAGUGAGUCACUAACUAGUAACUAUUCCACUACCUGCAAACUGCAAACCUCUCUGCUUUCACUUAAACCUAUUACCUCAUCACCACCUGCGAAAAUGUCUUCUUCUCUCUUUCCCUGCUCAACUUUGAAAUUUAAUCCCACAGAACUUACACUAUCCUAACACAAAUUUAGCUACCACAAACACAACCCCAAAUCUCCCAAAAGCCUCUCUUCAAUUGCUACCUUCUUCUCUCUCUAGACUAGCCCAGAAUACAUCCAAAAGAAAAAAAAAGAAGAAAAAACAAAAAGAAGUUGGCUUUCCAUUUUACUUAUAAACAUACCCACAUGCCUCUUACUUGUUACUUUACAAAUGAACUAAAGUUAGUUCAUUUUUUUCAAUGACUUUUGUGGGUUAUCUUCAGAAUCUUUUUUGGAGGGUGAAUGGGGUGCAUGUUCUCUCAGUUAGCUGCAAAAUUUGCUUUCUUUCCUCCAUCUCCUCCUACUUAUCAGAUCAAGAAGAGAGAUGAUGGCACGCUCACUGUGGUCUCUUCUUCUUCUUCAAUGCCACUUCCUCUUGCUGAUGAUACUUCAUUUGAUGUACUAUUGAUUGAUACAAAAAGAGGCAACAAGAUUGUUGCUUUUUAUCUCAGAAACCCAUAUGCAAGACUCACUCUUCUCUACUCCCAUGGAAAUGCUGCUGACCUUGGCCAGCUCUAUGACCUCUUUGUUCAGCUCAAGAUUAAUCUUAGAGUUAAUAUCAUGGGAUAUGAUUAUUCUGGGUAUGGAGCUUCCACUGGUAAGCCAAGUGAAUCUGAUACCUAUGCAGACAUAGAAGCAGUUUACAGGUGUCUUCAGACAGAAUAUGGAGUUAGUCAGGAAGACAUAAUUUUGUAUGGGCAGUCAGUUGGUAGUGGUCCAACGUUGCACCUGGCAGCUAAAUUGCCAAGGCUGAGAGGUGUAGUUUUGCAUAGUGCUAUUCUUUCUGGUCUUCGCGUCCUCUGCCAUGUAAAAUUCACAUUCUGCUUUGACAUAUACAAGAACAUAAACAAAAUUCGAAAGGUGAAGUGUCCUGUGCUAGUGAUACAUGGGACAGAGGAUGAUGUUGUAAACUGGUUACAUGGCAAUGGACUUUGGAAAUUGGCAAGGGAACCAUACGAGCCUCUAUGGAUUAAAGGUGGCGGCCAUUGUAACUUGGAACUGUACCCUGAUUAUAUCCGCCAUCUUUGCAUGUUUAUUCAAGAAAUGGAGAAUAUAACCACAGAAAUCCGACUGAAAAAGAUUCGGCACAAUCUUCGGCUCAAACCAAGGUCUAAUGCUUGUGCUUCUAACAAGUGCUGUAGAUUUAAAUUAUGGCGACCGAGAUGCCCGGCGUGUUUCAGAUCAAGGUGCAUCAAAUGUUUGUGCAGAUCCAAAUGCUUGGAAUGUUGGGGAUUAAGGUGCGUAAAAUGUUGCCUGCAACCAAAAUGCCCCAAAUGUUGGAUACCCAGUUGUUGCUGCAGUAUCGAAUGUCUACAUGCACAGUGUUGUGCCGGAACACAUAGCGGGAUGAACGGGAAACGGGACAGCCGAUGACGAUAACAGGCUUUGUAUAGAUUCUUCUGAACUUAUUACUAACUCCCCUCGAAUCUUUGUGCAUUUAUUAGUGUACAAAACAAGAGGAAGCAUGCAGCUGUCCAAUUACUUAUAACUGGAAACAACAUAAUUCCAUAUUGUCAUCAACUUGAUACAUUCUUGAAAAUGGUGCUUUCAUAUGAGAUCAUUGGGAUUUUAUCGUAUUUGUUCAA